AUGAAUUCUGACGAAGACGCCUUCUACAUCAGCUCCGACGAUAUAUCAGAGGGCGCCGUCGAAUACUCCGGCGGCGGCUAUGACGAUGACGAUGACGAUGUCGCCGAGGAGGAGCCUUACACCAUCACUAAGAAACCCUACACAAUCCUCAACGAAGAAACACUCAAACACCUCCAAGAAAACGACAUCUCACAAGUUUCCAAUCUCCUCGCCGUCACGCGCGGCGUCGCCUGCGCGCUCCUCCUCCGCAAGAAGUGGCACGUCGAAUCCGUUCUCGACGAAUGGUUUGCCGACGAGGACAAAGUCCGCAAAUCCGUCGGCAUAUCCGCAAACAAAGAAAAGCGACGGAAUGAGGAUGAGGAGGAGGAGGAGAAGCAAUGUCUUCGUCGGUGUUUAUUCCGAUCCUACGUCGAAUCCAGCCGGACCCGGCGGUGGUGCCCCGGGCCCGGUUGCGAAUUAGCGGCGGAAUUCGACGUUUUCGUCGUCGGAGGAGGAGGAGAGGAAACAAGCUACGACGUGACGUGCGACUGCGGCUUCAAGUUCUGCUGGCGGUGCGGGGAGGAGCAUCACCGCCCCGUCGCCUGCGCGACGGUGGCGAGGUGGGCGGAGAAGAACGCGUCGGAGGAGGAAACCGCUUCGUGGAUCGCCGCCAACACCAAAACCUGCCCCGGAUGCAAGCGAAAAAUCGAGAAGAUUCAAGGAUGUGCGAAUCACAUGACUUGCAAAUGCGGUGAAGAAUUCUGCUGGAAUUGUAUGCAGAAGUGGAAGAACGGCUACAGCCACGUCUGCAACGAAUACUUCAGAGAGAAAGAAACCGCCAUUGAAGCCAGCUUUCACGAGGCGAGGUUAGAGCUCCGGAGGUACGCCUUCUACUACGAUAGGUGGGCUUCGAAUCACAAGUCGAGGGAGAUUGCGCGGGUCAAGGCGAGGGGCGAGCACCUGGUGGCGCUGGCGGCGGCGCAGGGGGUGCCGGAGACGGCGCUGGAGUUCGUGCCGGAGGCGUGGGAGCAGAUCGUGGAGUGCCGGCGCGUGCUCAAGUGGAGCUACGUGUACGGCUACUACCUGAAGGCGGAGAAGAAGAAGGGGAUUUUCGAGUGUCUGCAGGGGCAGGCGGAGGAGUCGCUGGAGCGGCUCCACCGCUGCGCCGAGAAGGAGGCGGCGGGGUUCGUGGGCCCCGACGCCGGGUCGUGGAGGGAGUUUGACGAGUUCAAGAUGAAGCUCGUAAAUCUAACUAUGGUUACUAAGAAGUUUUUUGAGAAUUUGGUUAGGGCUUUGGAGAAUGAUCUUUCGGAAGUUGGGGUUGCUUAAACCCUAGCUGGCUUCAUUGAAUCUAGUAUAUUAUAUUCCUUAUGUCUCUCGUAUUUAUAUUUAGAACACGAGUUUUAGUAAAAGGUGA